CAGGGGUCUCUACACUGCACCAGGAGAGCUUGUUGCAUCUGUUGGAGCUAUCUAAGCUUGAACCACUCCAAAUCCAACGUUAACUCUCCACUUUCUUCUUGCGCGACGCUGAUAACGAUUCGAAGACACGAUUGAUAUUUGAAAGAGAAGAUACCUUGAACUUAUUGUAUUGUUUUUGCAGAGAACAAUCGGAUUUGAAGAUGUCGGCACAGAAUUCGGCGGGUAUUCAGACGUUGCUUGAUGCAGAGAGAGAUGCGCAGAAGAUUGUUCAGAAAGCUAGAGAAUACCGCACAAAACGUGUAAAGGAAGCAAGAGACGAGGCAAAGAAGGAAAUCGAUGCGUAUAGAAAUGAAAAGGAAGAUGAGUUCAAGAAGUUUGAGGCAGAGCACACGAGCGGCAACAAGAAGGCAGAAGAAGAUGCCAACAAGGAUGCUGAGAUCAAGUUGAAGGAGAUCAAGGAAGCAGGCAAGAAGGGGGAGGGUCAGGUUAUAUCGGAUCUAUUGAAGGCAGUCUUCGAUGUUAAGCCUGUUGUACCUGAACGUGUUGAAGGACCAAAAUAGGGCACUCAAUCUUGAGUUUGUUUGAGGGGAGAGGUCGAG